AUGGCAAACUUCGCAAUGCGCGAGGCGCUGCUUGCGUGGGUGCAGAGAGUGAAAGAUUUAGGAGAGAAGCGGUACGUGGUCUUGGCGAGUGAUCCGGCGACACUGGACGUGUGCCGCGAGAACGCGCUUCCUUGUGCGUAUGAUAGCCACUUGCAGCUCCAACCAGGCGAGCUGCGGUACGGCAUGACGCCCGAAUUCCUCGCGAUGGGUAAGGUGCGCUUCGGCUACACGCUCCGGCUCCUCCAGCUGGGUCAUGACGUGCUAUUUUCGGAGCUCGAUGUGCUUUGGGUGGCGCAUCCGAUUGCUCACGCAGCGGACCCCAGGUCUUCCCGCAUCAACACUAGCGAGAAUUACGACCUGCAGAUCCAGCCGAACGCACAUCUGGAGGAUCCCAUCCUCAGAGGGCAAGAGCUCAACGUCGGCUUCUUCUUCGUGCGCAGUACCGCCGCCGCGAUAUUGCUCAUGCGAGAAACUCUGCGGACUAUGGCUGAAGCAGCGGGGGCAGCGUCGUGGGAACAGACUGUCUUCUCGCAGACGGCGUGGCGCCUCGCCGGCCCGUGGAGCGAAGACGAUCACACGCAUGGGCGCCUUACUCAUGCGCCACUGACGUUGGCGAAAUCGGCUCCGCUGCGGCUGCACCUGCUCUCGAUAUGGCAUUUCCCAACGGGCGGAUGGAAGCAAACACCAAUUGUUCCAGUGUCCGCCUACAGACGGAAUGGCACUCGGCCCACCGUGGUGCAUUGUACUGGUCGUACUGGCAUCGUGCCGAAACGCAAGUGCAUGGACCGUUGGCGCCUUGCCACGCGAGGAAUGUUCCCAGGUAGCCUCCACACCACCUGA